CAAAACAAGAAAAGCGGAGGUAGUUGUUUGUAAACAGAAGUGAAUUGUGAAUGUAUUCAGACGUGGAAGGCAUUGAUUCUGAAUUGUAUUGAUUUUGAUUAAACGUGAUUCUUCAAAGAAAAUCAACGGACGUUAAGUAAAAGCCGAGCUAAUUGUAUUAAUGUCAAUGGAAUACUUUUGGGAACGGCUUUCCAGAGCAGUUGGCCCCAUAUCGGUCACUGUACAGUGCGCUCUAGUGCAAACGAAAUUUAUUCACGCCGGAUUGGUGUACUUGGACGACACCACAAUCAACUAUAUCGAAUCGGACAUUCGACGGCUGCCCAGACUGCUGAACAAAUCGGAAGAAGAAGUCGCUGCCAUGCUGGGUGGUUUUCAGACUCGUAUCAGCGAGUUUCGGUUCCUAACCGGAGAACGUUGCGUCCUUAAGAUGAUCGCUGCUAAAGUGAAGGAACUCGGAUUUGAAUACUUCUUCAAUCCAGACGUUCAAAUAGUAGAAAAUAAUGCUUCCAAUUCGGAUCUGGUAGCCCAACAGAAAUCUAUCCCAGAAGUGUUGAUGGAUCCAGACGACAUCCUUGCUGAAGUUAUGGCUAAGAUCUUCAGCUACUAUGAUACUAGACGGGAGCAUGAUGAAGAGGAGGAGUUCUUUUUUCAAACGUUGAAACAAGUGCAUGUGACAGUCGGAAGAGACCAAAAUGGUGACAUGGCGCGAGUAACUUGUCCUUUCUGUGACCAGGCUAAUCCAACAACGGUGAUCAUUCGGAGGGACAGACCGGGAACGUGGAAAGUUUCCAACUUUUCCGGGCACAUAAAAAAUAAGCACAACGACAUGUUUUACCCGGGCAAAACAACCUUGAGUCAAAACGGAAGAAAGCGAUCUUAUACGGAAGCCACGCAGGGCGAUAUGAGUGGGGAAUGGUACUGCUCGAUUGCGGAGCCGGAAGUAAUGUUACAACUUUAGGCUGGUUUUAUUCUGGAUCAUCGUAUGAGUGCUUGUGUAUUUAUUUAUCGACUAUGGAAUCAUUCCAAUAAAAGCGUGUGUGUGGAAUAAUCUUAAAAA